ACGUAAAAUCUAUUUUCAUCAACAAAAGAAAACACUUCAUAAGAAAGAAUAUAGAGAACUUCUUCUGUACUACAAUGAGAUCCUUUUACGCUCUUAUUUUGUCUAUACUCUCGUUGUUGGUGUCUGUCUCAGGUUUGCACUUAGAAGUGCCAGCUGAGGUCAGCCCUCGUCCAAUGUGUAUUCGUGACUUUGUUGCGGAGGAGCAAUUGGUUGUUGUCAGUAUUAAAUCCAGUGGUAGAAUUGGUGAUGGUCAACAAUUAAACUUCUACAUUGUCGAUUCAUUGGGUAAUGAAUACCGUCGUAAGAAUGACAUUGCUGGUAACAAUAGAGUUGCAUUCACUUCCCAUCAUAAUGCUGCUGUGGACAUCUGUUUCACUAAUGAAAAGAACCUGAAGUGGGGAAGUGGUGCUGACUUGUACAGAGAAAUAGAAUUAGAAAUUGAAAGUGGUGCUGCUGCCAGAGAUUGGAACGCCGUUCAAGCUGCUGAAAAAUUGAAGCCUGUAGAGCUUGAAUUAAGAAGAGUCCAAGAAUUAACCAACGAAAUCGCUGAAGAAUUGCAAUAUUUGAAGUCUAGAGAAGAAAGAAUGAGAGACACUAACGAAUCUACCAACUCCAGAGUUAAAUGGUUCUCUAUUUUGGUAAUUAUUUCUCUUAUUGGUUUGGGUGUGUGGCAAAUCCAAUACUUGAGACACUACUUCAAGGUUAAGCAUAUUAUUUAGAGGCUCUAGGGUUUACAAAGUCCAAUUUCAAGAAUCCGUAUUAAGUAUAUAAGGAAAGUCUCCAUGACCAAAGAAAAAGGUUUCAUAUAAGAAAAAAAAAAUAUUU